AUGUCGUCGAUCCGAGUAUACGACUGUCCACAGAGCGUGACAAUUAAUCCGCAUUUUCUCAUCGAGGUCCAGUCGAUCAACUCAAAGGGCCAUCAGAAAUGGUCAAAUGUGCCCGCAUACGCGACCGAUGUGGCUAGUGUCAACAUCGGCUCGAACAACUUUGAUCGACAUUCUGUCGCCGUUGCGUCGUUUGAUUUUUGUGGGCCAGUCGAGGUCAAAGUCACAUAUACUGGAAGCCGCGUUGAAUCUGCGGCUAUUCGGCCUCAUUCGUUUGGAAUCGAGAGUCUGUUAGAUGGAAGUACAGUAUUUUUUACACUGGAUCAACCCCGAGACUUGAUGCUCGAGCUCAAUGAUGACAAGUGGAAAGCCCUCCACUUGCUCACGAAUGGGAUUGACAGCACGGCGCCCACUGAAGACAACGAUAAUGUCUGGUAUUUCGGGCCUGGCCUCAAUCAAGGCUCUGCGGCCUCCCUGGUCACUGACGGAGUCAACCUUACGAUCCCUUCGGGGAAGUCCGUCUAUCUAGCAGGCGGCGCCUUUAUCACGUUUCGCUUGAAUUUCGUCAAUGUAUCCAAUUGUGCUAUCCGCGGCCACGGUUUCAUUUUGGGUCCCAAGGGCGGUUACAUCCAUCGGGAACUUGGCGGUGCGAUCCACAUGAGUCGAGCCUCACAUAUUCGUGUGGAGGGUGUCACGUCACUUGUCAUCAACAAAUACCGAUCAUUCUCUUCUGCAGGGAAUGGUGAUGGAAUCGACUUCUUUUGCUCAUCUGACGUUACCAUCGAAAACUGCUUUUUGCGAAACUCAGAUGACACGAUUGCUCUGUAUUCCCACCGUUGGGACUGGUACGGGGACUCGAAGAAUAUUCUCAUCCAGAACUGUGUCUUGCUUCCUGAUGUGGCCCACGCCAUCAAUAUGGGAACGCAUGGGAAUCCCGCAAACCCGGAAACCACAAGCCAAGUGACGAUAAGGAAUAUCGAUAUCUUGGAUCACGAGGAGAAUCAGCUGUGGUAUCAAGGUUGCAUAGCUAUCAAUGCGGCGGAUGAAAAUUUGUUCCACGAUAUUCACGUUGAGGAUGUUCGAGUUGAGCGGAUAACUCGCGGCCAGCUCGUGAAUAUUCGCGUGAUGCAGAAUGCGAUGUGGACUACCGCUCCGGGGCGAGGCAUUCGAAACGUCACGUUCAAAAAUGUAUCUUUGAAUAUGCGUGACUCCAAAAUUGUCAAUCCAUCGAUGCUACUGGGCUAUGACCAGAGUCGGAGAAUUGAAAACGUUACAUUUGAGAAUUUGGAAGUCGGUGAGAAGGAGAUCCAUGAGGCAAUGGAAAAGCCUCGGUGGUAUAUGAUCUCGGAUUUUGUCCCUCUAUUCGCCAACGAGCACGUCAAAGACAUCAAGUUUAUCAAAGCCGUAUGA